GCCAUCUGCCAUAACAACGCGCCGGGCAACCAGCAAUACACACUCGGCGUGAUUUUGCAUGAUGAUCUCGCGGAAGGAGAAUUUGUUGGUGAGACCGUGGCAGCAGAGGCGAUUUGAAAACCACCGCAAAAAGGUGCAAUCGGCCGGGCCAGCCAUCGACACGCGCCCGCCGUUGCCGCGGCAACACGUCGCCCUUAAGCUCAAGAAGAGGCAAAAGGAGGCGGAACGGUGCCAAGAAAUCGAAAAAAAUAACUUCACCCUACUCAAAAGGCUGAGCUAUGUGAUGCGGACAAGUCGGGUGGACAACUACUGGGCCACCCCCCAACCCAAUUUCCUGAACCGGGUCUCCAUGUACGACACUGUGCCAAAAUUCGAGAAUUUGUACAUCGAGGAAAGUCAGGACACCCCCAAAGGCGCCUCCACGCGGAAGACCAAAUGCCUGGCGUGCACCCCGCAACCGCCCCCAGACAUUAAGAUCCCGGAAGAACGAGUCCCGUGGGAACCCCAGAAAGGGCCGGUCGGUCGAACUCGGAGCAAAUCGGUUCCGCCACGACGAACCGAAUUCGUCCGGGAAGUCCCGAGAGUGUCAAAAUCGGCCCCAAAGCCGGGGAAAGUGGCGCCGAUGAAAUUCAGUGCCAAGGAACCGCAAAGUAUUAUUUUAAGACGCGGUUGUCUCAAAUUAUCUGUCAAUUUCCCAUCGGACACUUUGGUCAAACUGCAAAAAGGGACCCAGGAGAAAGUUUUGGUCCACGGUGCUUGUAAUUGUCGGAAUGUGACCGGAAUUGCGGUUAAUUAAGUUUGGCUUCAUUACAAGUAAUUUAUUCGCUAGAAAUUUACAAUUUCCACGUUUUAAAUGAAAUACUUAAAAAGAAGAUUCGACUUUGUUUAUUUUAAAUUAUAUUUAAACGAUGCCAACUACCAUAAUACAAUGGUAAGCACGAAACUAUACUUUUUAAUUACAUAAUAGCCUUAAUCAUAUUAAUUAAACGCGACCAGUCAAUUAAAAUUCUCAAUUUAUUUAGUUCUUUUUCGAUAAACAUUAUGUAUAUGACUACAAACAACGAAAAAAAAACGUUGUAAACUUAAAAAACACGCAGGUAUAUAGCAUGAUGUUUACCAAAAAACUGUUAAUAUCAUAAAAAUAUACAAAUCUGCGCAUGACAUGUCCAAUUGUUAAAAUCCCGUUAAUGACUUACUGUUUUUUGAUUUAUUAGAUCAUGCCCAGAUUGUCUCUUAUGUACGGUCAUUUUAAAAAUUUUACAUUAAUGUUGAUAUUUACCUAAUUUAAAUGUACAAAAUAAAAUAAAAACUAAAAUACAGUGACAUAUUUUUCCGUUUAAAUUAAAUAAAUAUCCUAAAGCAAUUACGAGCAUAAUUAUUUAUAAAAAAUUCUAUAUUUACACAACCGUAUAAAAUGAGCGUACAUAAACCACCGUAAAAGAAUUUAGGGAGGAAAGGAAGCAAACGCGCUAGAUCAAAA